UUGAUUGGUUCUGCAACACUUCGACUGCAGAACCCUCCCGAAGGAGACGGUGGAGAAGGCAGUUUGACGGGUGGCCCGGACCGGGAACGUAUGGAAAUAGACGAUUGGCCAACGCUGGUAACCGAAGCUAGAGAUUCUGAAUCAUUGAAUCGGCUCCGAGACGAUAUAUCGUGGUUGUUUACAGCGUCGGAGCACGAUGUCAAGGUCGUCAUCCUAGCAAAGUUUGAUCAUUGA